UCAGUUCUCAACGAUCCGCCGACCAAACGCGACAUUCACCAUUUGUGUCUGCAAGAAGUGGGAUUUUAUCACACUUUUGUAUAAAAAAAAGAAAAUUUCCCUUCGUAAUUUGUCUGUGAUUGAUUAGAAAAUAUCGCGCGAUAUUUGAGUGAGAAUUUUAAUUUUCCAAAAAAAAAAAAAGAAUAAUUUACAACAUUAAGAACCAUUUAGAACUUUUUCCUGGACGAAUUUAGAAUUCUUCUUUGAAAAAAAGGGAGAGCUUUCGCAACAAAUACGCGAGGAUUGUAAGUUUGAUGAGGAAAUAAAUAAAUAAAUAAAAGAAUAGUGUGGAUAUCACGUGAAUGGCAAGUGAAGCUCAUGUGGAGUGAAUGAAGAACAAGUUCAAUUGAAUUUUAUUUCAAGUAUAAUAUAAUUGUGUGUACAGAAACCCCAUUUGUGGAGGCAAAAUCAGUGAAAUUGAUUAUGAUUGGGAAUUGAUGCGGGGAACGUCCAAUUCAAAUGAAUUCCAUUUGGGAACAUUUAAAUUGCCCGAUAAAAAAGUUACGUGGUCUGUAAGGCCAAAAAGCGCCGCAGUAGCAGACACACUGAGAGAAAAAAAAUUCCCCACAAGACGGAAGAUUGUUGCGGAGAAUAAUAUUUAAUGUCUAUUUGCUUAUAUGUGGACGUACACACCGGGCGUUGUUAAAAUCGAUUUGUGAAAAUUAGCAUCUCAAAACAUUCAAGAGCAUCACACGGUGGAAAUUUCGGGCCCCCAUGGAAACACGUUGAGUACGGCGCGGCUAUCUUGUGAGGUGCUCCAGCUCUUGUUUUUUUUCUCUUCUUCCUCCUUCAUACUCAAAUUACAUCAAAGACAAACAGAGUGGUGCAAAAUUCAGUGAGUCUUGUGUGCACGAAUUCCCCUCCAAAAAAAAAGCUCUGUUGCGAGUGGAAAAUAUCGGGCAAUUUGCAUGAAAUUUUAAAGGAAAAAAACAUUCAACUUUAAGAUAAUUUUGUCUUCCAAAAGAAAAAAAACAAACCCAAAAGAAUCACGCAAUGGGUGAAGAAAAUUAAUUUGUUUUCUCAUCCAAAGGAGUUCAAGAAUUUUCAAUUAACAUCCAACGAAGAAGUUUUUUCAUGAAUCAAUUGACACCUGAGUGGAAGCAUCAUUCAUGAAAACAACCAGGUACCACUGUCGCAUUGUGAAGAGAUGUUUCUUUGUAUUCGCCACAAUCUCCCUCCUCCCCCUCGGGGUGGUCUACCUCGUAUCAACAGAUCAAGUUUACAGCAAACUAAAGUCAUACGAUUAUGACAAUGAAACACAAUAUCCGGCAGUCACAGUGGAGCAUGGACCGAGGAGUUUGUCAUCGAAUGAGAUGGAGAAACUCGAGGUACGAAUGCAGAAGAGGCUGGAGCGUGUUGGGGAGGUUUGCUCUCAGUAUGGAUUAGAUCGAAGAGGCAACGAUUCACUACAUCGACCAAAUUCAUGGGAGUUCCUCAUAAAUAAACAAUAUCGGCUUGUAUGGUGCAACGUUUUUAAAGCCGCUUCCACAUCCUGGAUGUACAAUUUUAACCUUAUGGCCGGCUAUAAGCCACAAUUCCUCAAGAAAAGCAAAGAAGUUCCACUUGUCCUGGCAAGAAAAAAAUAUCCACGCCCAUCAGAAAGUGAGCUCCUGACUUCUGUUAAUGACUCCGUGAGUUUUCUCAUUGUGCGCCACCCCUUUGAGCGCCUCCUCAGUGCAUAUCGAGAUAAAAUGCAGAACGCCCUGCCAAAUUCAUUCCAUCACAAAUUAGGGAAUAUUAUCAUACAGAAAUACAGAACGAAUAAAUUUUCACGUGUACCACGAUGGCCUACAUUCCCCGAAUUUGUUAACUAUCUAAUUGAUCAGAUUCACAAUCAUCGUGAACUGGACAUGCAUUGGACGCCCAUCACGAACUUCUGUACCCCGUGUCAAGUGCGCUUCAACGUUAUCGCCAAGUUUGAGACUUUGGAGGAAGAUCAGAGGUAUAUCAUUGAGAAGGCCAACAUUGGUCAUGUCGUAUCGCCACAGUGGAAGAAUUCCGGGAAGGGAAAGAAGAGUACUGUGGCACUGCUGGAGGAAUUCUAUGCUGAAUUGUCGGACAAACAGGUGCGGGAGCUGUAUGAAUUCUUCAAAUACGACUUUGAGCUCUUUGGCUACAGUGUGAAGGAAUUCUAUCGGAAUUCCAGCGAAAAACCCUCCACAUCGACUCCAACGACAAAACCCGUGACACCCCUAAAGCCACAUUCCCCCGAGUGAGCCAACCACCCACACAUAAACAGUUUAAUCCCUCCUCACCCCCCAAAGCACCCCCAAAGAAUCAUCUCACUCUGUGAUGGACGAGAAAGAGGCGAAAAAAAACGGAUAAAGACAAUAGAGCGGCAUUUGAGCUGAAAUUGUCUGUGAAAGAAUUUACUUGAUCUCAUUAAGAAAAAAGAAAUAAAAUUUUUGGGAAGAAAUCAAAUUUGAGGAAAAAAAACGAACUUUGCGUAAAAUUUUAGUGAUUCAUAGUGAGGAAUAGAAAAAAUUUUAAAUGAAAAAAAAAGAAUAAUAAAGUAUACCACAAAAGGCCUAGUCAACAAUUACUACACGAAAAAGAAAUUUUAGUGAGACGCAGAAAUUAGAUAGAAUCAAUUAAAUCUGCGGAAGAAAUAGAGAAAAUGACGUUGAAUUAAUUUUUUUCCCCUUCAUUUCAUUUCACCUUCACAAAAAGUACGGGAAACAGAUCAAUUUCCAUGUUCAUUGCUUUUUCCAUUUGCAGUUCUAUCUCACUCUCUAAAUCACAAUUUACUACAUAAUUAUAAUGCCACCUAAUUGUAGCUUUUAGUUAGUUUUUUUUUUCAAUUUAUAAAACUCUGUAAUUUUUUUGUGAAGGAAAAGUUUAAUUUUUGUUGGAAAAAUUGAGAUUCAGAUUUUUAUCAAAUAAAAGUUCCCAAAGAGGGGUUUGUCAUUACAACAAUCAGAGGUUAUUUUUUUUUCUUUAUAAAACAAUUUUUAUAUUUGAUCAGAAAAUUAUUAAAAGGAAAGAAAAUUUUAAGAGGAUUGUGUAAUUUUCGAAAUUUUCAUCGAAAAUUAGUCGAAAAAAAAUGAUUUGUGUUUUAGCGCCCCAUGUGGUCAUUCAUUGAAGCUACAGUGUUCUCAUCAUGCAUUGAUCGAUUUUCUUGAGAAAUUUCCUCCAUAUACACUCGUCUGUAGCGAGGAUAAUAAAGAUUAUUAUUAGGGGAGGGCGGGGCUAUUUGUGUCAAUUUGGAUAAAUCCCUAUCUACAGGACUCCUACGGGGCAAGAAAUUUUCCUCGAUAGGUCAUUCUCAUAGGAAAUUUCCUUGCCUACAACUUUGUCUCAGACCGCUUUUCUCUAUCUCCACGGGAAAUAUGAGUUUUCGAGCUUUUCCUGAACCCUUCCGCUUCUGACUUUUUUAAGAAUCCGUCGACUAAUAUUGUCACCUGUGGGGGUAAUUAAGUUGGUGAAAUUUUCCGACAUUUCCAAAGAUUUUCCAUCUCAGAGAUUAAUUGUAGCUACUAACCGAACUCCUCACUUGUUCAUCCACGGCAAGGAAUUUCACUUUUCUAUCCACUAAAACACAGAAUUUUGGAAUUUUCUCAACCACUACAUUUUGCAACAAAAAGGUUAGGAAUGGUGUCAAUAUUUUGACGUUCCAUAUGAUUUACAUUGGUGACAAUAUUAGCCCCUUUCGACAUGUGUUGAUUUGCAUAAAUGUGCAGAAAAAUCAUUAAAAGGUAGUGAAAAAUGCACCUUUGCAACGUUUUCUGCAUUGACCUAGCUUGUGGAAAAGACGGUGAGAUUGAAAAAUCGCUAAAAGAAAAGUGUCGGAAAAUGAGUUUUUCUCAACACGCAAAACGUAUUUUUGGAGGCCUCAAAAUUUGUUUAUUUUUUUAUUCCUAAACUAUUCAUCGGAUAAUCUCCAAACUACAGUCAACUAUUGAGGGUAGAUAGGACUUCUUAUCAUAAUUUUUUCAGGUGCCUCCGAUUAAUAACUUGGGAGAAAUCGCCAUUUGAAAAUUCCAAACUGUCACAAAUAGCCCCGCUCUCCCCUAUUAUUCUUGAGAAAUUUCAUUUGAUUCUAUUUUAUGGAAAAUCAGACAAGUUAGGGCCUGAGAAAUUGCAGAUUUUCAAAUAGAAAGACUUGACCGAUUUUCAGUAUAUAGAUACCUAUGAAUUAAAUCUUCUAAAUCCUUCUUUCAUGUUUGAACCUCUAUUUUGCUCAGAAAUUACAUUUUGAUAAUAAUCUUUUUUUUUUUAAAUAAUCUUAAUCUUCUCUUUUACAUAAAAAAAUUAUUUUAUGACGUCACAAGCUUCCAUGGGCCAUAAACUUUACAAAUUAUUGUACAAAAGAGAAAAAAUCUUUUCUCUUAAAACAUUCGAAUAUUUUAAUGUUUUCUCAUGAAGUUCUUAUGCUUCAGUUAACGCAAUAAAAUAUAAAUAAUUAAAAAAAAAACUGAACAAAAAAUUUGUACACCCAAAACCUAAAUGACAAACCCCCUUUAGAAUUUUUCAAAUGCAUUUUUUUAAUAAAGAUUUUAAUAAAGAAAAUCAAUUUCACAAGUAAAAGCAAAGAAAUUUAAUUAAAAAAUCAACUCUAGAUUGACCAAAAAAGCAUUGAAUUUUGAGAAAAAUUAGGGCAGUUGCGAGUCCAGCAAUUAAAUUAUAGAGAAAUUUUAGUAGAAAUACUAAUAAGGACACAAAGUGAUAGUGUAUUCCCAAAAAAAUACACCAAAAAUCAUUUUAAAGUGAAAUGUAGAGAUUUUUGAAUUUUCAUCGAGUUAAAUCACUUAAUUAAAAGAAAAAGAAAAAAAUGUUGAGAAUUUUAACGCGAGAAUGAUGAAAAUUGUAUUGAGGAGCUUGUAAUAAAUUCCCACUGGAGAAAA